UCUGUCUGUUUGAAGUAUUCUGUUUACUCUGUGGGCAACAAAGGUCAUGUUUUAGCUCUUUUUAGUGCAUUUAACAUAUUCUAGGACUAGGAAUAGUCGCCAGGGCUGUCAGGACUCUGGUGUUCCUUCAAAAAAUCCUAAACUCAGUGGUUUCCAAAAUGAAUCUCCUCUACUUUACCACAAGUUUGCUACUAAUUUCUUCAGCAUUAUGUGGUGUUAAAGACCUAAGUGAUCAUUAUGAGAGCAGAAAUGGAGCUGUGGGAGCACGAAGUGUUUCACCCCAAAAUGCAAAAAGCCUUCAGGAUGACACUGUGACCAACGACCUUAUUUCUGGAGGAGAAGAUGAAGAAGACUAUCUAGAUUUUGACAAAAUACUUGGUGAAGGUGAAGAUGAAGAUUAUACAGACAUCAUUGAUGUUCUACCAGAGAUCAAGAGCACUGAAAAAAUACCAGGGAAUAUAUAUGAACUUUUCCCAGGAAAAACAAGGAUUCAAAGGCUGAACAUAAUCAAUGCCAAUUUUGGCUUUAAUCUUUAUCGGGCCGUAAAAGAAACCACAAAUGCAACAGAAAACAUCCUAUUAGCACCGGUCGGUGUAUCUACAGCACUGGCAACAGUGUCACUGGGUACAAAAGGGCAAUCUCAGAGCCAAAUUCUAUCUACUUUAGGCUUCAAGGAGUUUAUUAAUGCUAGUUCAAAAUAUGAAAUCUUCACAAUUCAUGAAGUCUUUCGUAAAUUAACUCACAGACUCUUCCGCAGAAACUUUGGGUAUACUUUAAGAGCAGUUAGUGACCUCUACAUAGAAAAAGACUUUGCCAUUAGGGAGGACUUUCAGAAUAACUUGAAAAACUACUACUUUGCAGAGGCUCAGAUUGGCAACUUUGAUGAUAAAGCAUUCCUCAGUAAGAUCAACCAACGCAUUCACAAGCUCACCAAAGGCCUGAUUAAAGAAGCACUCUCAGAGCUAAGCCCAGAUCUUCUGUUGUUACUUGUAAACUGCAUCUACUUCAAAGGAACUUGGGAGAAUAAGUUUCCAGCAGAGUAUACCCAUAAUGCAAAUUUUCGUGUAAGUGACAAAGAAGUUGUGAAAGUGUCCAUGAUGAAAACCAAGGGAAACUUCUUAGUAGCUGUAGAUUCUGAGCUGGACUGUGAUGUUCUGCAGCUGCCAUAUGUUGGCAACAUCAGCAUGCUAAUAGCUAUGCCACAUAAACUGUCUGGCAUGAAACUCCUUGAGAAGCAGCUCAAUUCACAUGUGGUAGAAAAAUGGCAGAAAAUUAUGACAAACAGGACAAGGGAUAUUUAUCUUCCUCGCUUCAAGCUGGAAAAGAACUAUAACUUAAAGGAUGUUCUCAGCAACAUGGGAGUAAAGGAUGUGUUCACUAACAAGGCAGACUUCUCAGGCAUUACUAAUGAAGAUAUCAACAUUGGCCUGUUUCAACAACAAGGCAGCAUCACCGUGAACGAAGAGGGAACACAAGCUGCUAGUCUUACCACCGUGGGCUUUACGCCACUUUCCGUACAGACGCGAUUUAUGGUGGAUCGUCCCUUCAUUUUUUUAAUCUAUGAACAUCGCACAAAUUGCCUUAUUUUCUGUGGAAGAGUGUCCAACCCCACCAAGUCUUGAACUGGUCUCACAACUAAGCACUGGGCUUUAUAAUUUUACUAUUUAUAUAACUGAGAAGGGCAACUACAUAUGAAAUGCCUACUCAGCAUGCUCAUUAGACAGAAGUGUAAAAUAGUCUUUAUGAGUAACAGCACACACAGAAUUAUAGAUUCAGUUGCUAAAACUUUCACCUUUGUCAAAAUGUAUAAUGACCUUAAAAAUGUAGAAUUCAAUUGUAUUUGCUCGAGUGUCAUAUGGGAAACAGAUUUGUCACUUUGCAAUACAGACCUGUUUAUUAGAGACACUUGUUUGCAAAAAAGCCAAGCUGUUUUAGUAUUAUUGUGAAGUGUUCAAAACAUUUUUUAAAACUCUGCUAAUAAUAAAAGUCUUCCAUCUA